UUUUUUUUUAUCUAAUCAUGGAAUGGAUUGAAACAGAAGUUAUCCAUUCACAGCAAAUAACUUCAAAUGACAUUGAUGGUUGUCAUCUUUUUGGUUGCCCAUACCAUAACAUUAGCUUUGCACUAACAGAAUCUGGACAGGUGUAUUCAUUUACCUUUGAGGUAAAAAAAAAAACACAAAAAACAAAAAAAAUCGAUUUAUCAUUGUACAUAGUUUUAAGCUUAUGUUUUAAUUAACAAAGUUGUAUAAUAAUAAACUUCCAGAAAACAUUGUUGAAGUGAUUAACGCUUGUCAACAAAAUGAUCUUGAACAUUGUCAAUAUUAUUUAAAAUCCUCAAAUAAUAAAAUAUAUCAAUGGCAAUUAAAGAUUAGGUAAUACGCAGAUAAUAUUUUAUUUAGCAUUUCUGAUUUAGUAUGUAGUCAGGAUGAUGAGCAGCCUAAGAUAAAGCGUAUUAAGUCAUCAAGUGACAUGAUUACAAGUAGCAAUGAGUUUGUUUCACAACGAAUGCAAAUAACAGAAAAUAAUACAUUAUUGCUUGAAAAUGAAUCUAUUAAUCCAUCAUCAACUGUUAAUGAUAUUAUUUGUCCUAUUGAAAAAGUAGAUUCCAGUUUUAUGGAAUUUUUUCAUUUAAAUAGUGAUAAUGGAACAAUUCUAGGAAAAAAGGAUGGCUCAGUCAUUUGGAGAAAAGAUAAUGAAGAGAUAAAAAUGCUGAUAUUGCCUGAUGAACAAAUCAAAAAAAUUGAUUUUAUUUGUAAACCAGAGCUAUCCGAUAAGCUGAACACUUUAUUUGUCUUUGGUGAUCAAGGAACUAUUAUGGUCUAUACGAAAGCAUCCUCUGAUAAUUUAGUCGAGUUAAAGCAAUUUGACUUAUUAACCACUUCAGUUUAUCAGAUUGAAAAGAUAAAAGACUUUGUUUAUAUGUUAUGCUUGCCAUUUAGUAAAUUAGUCUUACUUGAAUUUGAUAAAGAUAUAAAUUUGAAAUCAACUCAACUACAAGGCACCUCUGGUGCGCAUCAAAUUUUUUGCUAUACUAACAAAGCGUUAUUUGAAGCACUGCUAGUAACAUCUUCAACUAUCACUAUGGUCCAGUACAAGUACAAUUCAUCAGUAUCUAUCGUAAACAACCCAGAAGCGAUACAACUUGCUAUUGAAGACGCUCUAGAUGAACUUGCUAUAAGUGAAUCUGUUAUUCAAUCCGUCACUCAAAAAGAUGAAUCACUCAAUAAGCAGCUUAUUUCGAUCAAUAGAACACUCUAUGCUUUACGUAGUAUCAAUAAUCAAAGAGAAUUGGGUAUUGGUAACUCAUUAGAAACGACAGGAUUUGAAUUGACAGUACGUCCGGUUAUGAAAACGAACGCAUAUGAAUCUUGUCAGUUUAAUACGACAUGUCAUUUACGUGUUUGUAUUAAAACAUCUAAUUUUUUGGAGUUGGAACAUUGGGAUCUUUAUGUUUAUUUAAUGCAUAAUGGCAUUGGGCAACAGCAUCUCAUAUCAUUAGUAGGAUUUGAACCACAUUAUGAAAUGGGUAUUGAACGAUAUCUUAUAUGGGAGCGCGAUAUUCAGAUCGAUUUAUCAUCAUUAAUAUUACCGUUAGAGAUUAGUACUGAAUUAGUCAUGUCUCCAGCGUUUCAUUUUCCAGUCUCCAGAAUGAUAUUAGAUGAUUUUCAUUUUGCAAUACCAGUUACCCAAGAUAUUAAUUUAAGUAUCAAGAAAAGAGGAUUAGAAGAAAUUUCCAAUAGAUUACUGCAAUCUCUUAAUAAGCAAUCAAUGCACGAUAGAAGAAGUAAAUUGUAUACAGUUUUUGCAUUAGGGUUUAACAAGCAAGAUACAUCAUUAUUUAAUUUUAAAGAUACGAAAAUAUAUGUACGAUAUUUAAUUGAAGAGGAUUUAAGUGAUGAAAAGUAUAGAUCUAUUAUGGCUUCUAUUUUUAACGAAGGAAGAACAUUAGAGGAUCUCCAACAUUUAUUACAGAAUGGAGCGGAGGAAGCUAUAUUCAGUUUAGCAGCCUAUCCAGGAUGUCCUAUUAUUCUUCAAUUAUCUAGACUAAAAACUAAUAUGAUUGAGUUUUCAAUUCAAUCCAUUUAUCCACCAGCUUUAUUUAAGACGGAAGCUACACUUCUACAAAGGAUUUCACGUUGUUUUAUAGAAAAACCUAUAGAUAUUAAACGAAAUGAGUUGGAAGAAUUAUUAUUUGAAAUUCAAGAAAAAUAUCAGCAAACAACUGAUAAUUUAUGGGAUGAUUUGAAUCAAGUUAUCCAACGUUACUAUGCUAUACAUCAAAACGAUCCCAUAGGAAGUUUAUUGAUAUAUGAUUAAAUAAUAAAUUUUUAUAAAAAGGAAGAUAAUAAUAAUAACUAAUAGCAUAUAGAGUUAUAAUACGUUGUGUUGUCCUAGUUCGUAAAAAAAAAAAAUAAAAAAAAA